GCCGCCCAUGGAGCCCAACGGGACGGCGGCGGCGGGGGCGGGCAACGCCUCGGCGGGCGGCGGGGCUGCCCCCGCGGGCGGCCCGCUGCUCAUCCCCUCGGCCUUCGGGACGGUGCUGUCGGUGAUGUACGUGGCCGGGGUGGCCGGCAAUGUCUACACGCUGGUGGUGAUGUGCCACUCGGCGCGCUGCGCCGCCCCCAUGUACAGCUCCAUCGUCAGCCUGGCCCUGGCCGACCUGCUCUACCUCUCCACCAUCCCCUUCAUCGUCUGCACCUACCUGGCGCAGGACUGGUACUUCGGGGACCUGGGGUGCCGCAUCCUGCUCAGCCUGGACCUGCUCACCAUGCACGCCAGCAUCUUCACCCUCACCCUCAUGUGCACCGAGCGCUACCUGGCCGUGACCCGGCCCCUGGACACCCUGAAGCGGUCGCGCGGCUAUCGGAAGGUCACGGCGGGGGCGGUCUGGUCGGUGUCGCUGCUGCUCACUCUGCCCAUGAUGCUGAUGGUCACCCUGACCGAGGGGGGCAAGGCGGAGGGCAAGGUGAAGAGGAUGUGUGCGCCCACCUGGAGCGUGGAUGCCUACAGGACCUACCUGACGGUGCUCUUCAGCACCAGCAUCAUGGCCCCGGGCAUCAUCAUCGGCUUCCUCUACACACGCCUGGCCAGGACCUACCUGGAGUCCCAGAGAAACCCCCCCCACAAGGAGAAGAGCAAGAGGUCCCCCCGGCAGAAGGUCCUCAUCAUGAUUUUCAGCAUCGUGCUGGUCUUCUGGGCCUGCUUCCUGCCGUUUUGGAUCUGGCAGCUGGUGCGGCUCUACAGCAGCUCCCUGCAGCUCACCACCCAAACCCAGAAGUGCAUUAACUACCUGGUGACCUGCCUGACCUACAGCAACAGCUGCAUCAACCCCUUCCUCUACACCCUGCUCACCAAAAACUACCGGGAGUACCUGCGCAACAGGCACCGCAACUUCUACAGGUUCACGUCGUCCUUCCGCAAGCGGGGCUCCAACCUGCAGUGCUCCUGGGGACGGUCCAUGUCCUCCAGCAACCAGUACGACUACAGCUCGGAGGCCCUGGGCAUGGCCACGCUGAAGGACAAGUGAGGAGGAGGAGGCGCUCCGGACACACCGGGACCAGCAGAGCGUCUGGCCAAGGGCUUCUCUCCUUCCAUUUGCCCUCGUGCUCCAUCCCCAGAGGAGUCAGCCCAGGACUGGGUCCCCGAUGCCGUGCUCCGGGUUGCAGGUGAAGGAGAUGGUGAUGGCAAAGCGAGUGCCCCAGUGAACCUUCUCCACACGGUGAAGGUUCUCUGACCCAGAGGUGAAAAAGGAAACCCGGCCUGUAAAGACAAGUAUUUAAUCAGUGACAUGGAGUUUGCCUCUCAGCUCUCUCCACACAAGUUUAGCUGUUGUCUCAGUACCUGAGAGCCCACAGGUCAUCACACAAACUGUUAUGAGCUUAUGCUGCACUCUGACAGCUUUAUGUACUGUUUAAAACAUACAUUAAUCCUUUGUGCUGCGAAGCUGGAGAUGUAAUUCCACUGUGUCUCAUAGUUUAUAAAAGGCAGGAGGAAGCCAAAAGCAUCUGAAGCCAGUUUUUAGUUGCCUCAAUUAAAAAAGCGCAGCUCUAGUGACUGCCCUCAAAGUGUAUUGAUUUCCUCCCUGCUCCCCUUCUAGUCUGGGCUCUAAUUUUAGACCAAAGAAGGAGGAAGUACUAAAGUCUUCAAAAAGUCUUCAGUGACAAAAUGCUCAGCAGGUUUACAAGCACCUGUGGCAGUUUCUCAGCAUUGCACCAAGUAUUUGCUAUUGCUUUCUGUGCCUGCUCUGAUCACUCACUGUUCAGUCAGGUUACAGAGUCCUGUAUCAGUCAUGUACAAAUUCACUUUCCUUAGAAAGAGCCACUCCAUCAGUGUAUUGCCUUGAGAAUUGUUUAAGAAAUGCAAGUGCUUCCUGCUGUGCCCCAUCCUGCCCCAGCUCUGACCAUCCCCACCUGCCUCAGGGCUCUCCGGGCCUCACGUGGCAUCCAGGUGAAAUGCAGCGACUCUGAUGUGACAGCAGAGGAACAUUGGCAUCCCCCUGGAUGAGACAGCAGAAUGGAGCCCUCUGCACUUCCACAUUAUUAAACUCUUCUGAGAACAAACAAGUUUGAUGUUUAGCAACUGACUCCGAACUGACGCGACUCCACGGGACGGCUCCGGUUCUCCUGAGGAACCAAGGAAUGCUCACCUGCUCAGCUGCUUCAUCCCAAUAGCUUGUCUUGUCCCUACUCGGGCUUUUUUCCCACUGUUCAAAUUAAAGUUUGUUUCAAAGGUUAUCAAAGGGAACUCCUGUUGCCAAUCUAACUGUGCCUGGGAUGCGAUCAGGCAAAAUGAAACACUUAGAUGCCUAUUUAGAGUCUGCACAAGAUAAACUUACCCCACCCAACCCUUACCCCAUCUCCACUGUAAGAAUGGGCAUGUAGCUGGUUUGCUCUUCUAUAAGUGAUCCAAAAGAUCCAGAAGUUCCUUUGCUUGCACACUCCUAAGCAGCACACGUGGGAGACUGGGACAGAGCCAGGCUGGCUUUAUGGAGCUCAGUUUACCCACUGAUCUCUGAAUUCAGUCUUUGGGAGCAGCCCCUGAGUCCCUUUCACACUGGGUUCCAGCUCACAUCUAAUCCUCAUGCAGUUCAGAGUCUUUCACAGCUGCCAAGCACAAGUCAUAUCAUACUCUUCUGUUCCUGUGGCUGCCCAUCAAUAAUGGCUAAAGCUUUACAUAUGUAAAGAGCAGAGUCAUUCAUAUGCACAGCUCAUUUCCACCUUGGUGUCCUGCUUUUCUGGAUGAAAGGCUAAAUGAAGGCAACAUGCUCCUACCCUGCAAGUGUUGCAAUGAGUGCUCCCCUCAAGGAUUUCAUACAAAGUCCCUGCCUCAUAAUUUUUUUUUUUUCCUUUUAAACCUUAUUUCAACAUCAUCAAAGUACUUUGAUAUCAAUCCCUCACCUACUCACCCAAAGCUUUGCCUUAAACUGACUUUCAAGUUGUUUUGUUUGAUCUCUUUCUAGAAGUUGUAGUAAUUCAGAGUGGGACAAGGUUCACUGUAUUGUUUAAGCCAGUUAAACUGGAUUUUUUGGCUACACAGAAGGUCUUUUAAGUCCUUUCUUUAAUAAAUAUGUCUUCAUAUA